UCUUAAGCACCAAAUGGGAAGCUGCAUUAGUUUCCAUCAGGAACACGGAAAAAAAGUUCUCUAUGCGACCUGGAAACGGCUUCAAGUCGAAAACUAAAUCAACAAGAAUCAGUGAUAAAUCAGGAAAGCAAAGGGGCUUUAAACAUUCUCUCCGUUCUUUGCACCCCGCUAUGUAAAUUCUCUCACCCACAAACCAUGGCGGUGUUUAAGGAAUUUAGAGUCACAAUGCAGUUUAGGGUAAACCAAGAGGUUGAGAUUAGAACUCAAGAAAGUGGUUUUCAUGGUUCAUGGAUGAAAGCCACAGUUAUUGAUUCAAGCAAGCAAUCUUAUCACGUCCAAUACGAAAAUUUGCUUCAACUGGAAGAUGGUGCUGAAAAACUAGUGGAAGUUGUUACCUUGACACCCACUAAUACUGCUUCUUCUUCCCGGUUAAGGCCAUUGCCACCAAUGGUCAGUUUUGGGGUCUUUGAUUUGUCUUAUGGGCUGUGUGUGGAUGUUUAUGAUAAGGGAUCUUGGUUGGAAGGUGUGAUCUUUGAUCAUGAAGAUGGGUCUAAUGAGAGGAUUGUUCUUUUGCUAGAAUCUGGGGGAGAAAGAAAGAUAAAGAUUGAGUCUUUAAGGAUUGGUCAAGAAUGGGAUGUGUUUACUGGGGUUUGGAAGCUUAAGGGAACAUGGCCAUUAAUUGGGUUAUUCGACGGGUGUGAGAAAGAUCAAUCGGUUCUUUUCGGGACUCGUAUGAUUGUUGAUUCAAUUCCUAGGGAAAAACCAUUGAUUUAUCAUGAGGGUGGUGGGAUGGUAAUGAAUGCAGUUGAUUCCGAUGAUGUGGUUUUGGCAAACUCUGAUAAGGACUCAUGCAAUAGGGUUGAUAUGGUGACUGAUUGUAAGAGAAUGGACGUUGUGGAUUCUGAUGGGGUUUUCAAAGAUGGUUCUCAGGUUGUUAUUACUAGUAAGAAUCCGGCUAAUGGGGACUAUAUGUCGAUCGGUGAUUCUAAUGGUGAAGGAUUAUUGGGUGCUAAUGGGAAAAGGCUCGGAAAGAGAGGGAGAAAGUCAGCGCAGAAAGGCUUUAGGUGGGUUCCUGCUGGUCCUGACCUGUUACCUGCAGCUGAGUUCUGUCCUGGUGCCAUCACAAGAUAUGCUUCACAUGGCAAUCAACGACCUCCGGAACCUCUUUUGAUAGAUGUUAGGAAGCACCUUGCAUAUGUUGGCUGGAUAAUUGAGUGCAAGAAAUAUGGCAGCGCAUACAAAUUUCGGUAUACCUCACCAGAUGGCAGCAAGACUUACUUUUCUCUCCGUCUGCUUUGUCUGGAUAUGAGGGAUCCCACAAUUGAGAACUCUUCUCUAAUUUCCCAAGACUUGAUCAACGAUGUUAAGAAGUCCUCUGGCAUAGACUAUCCUGGAAAGAGUAAGAGAAUGGAUGAGUUCUCGCAGUUUCCAUCUAGAGCUGAUUCUCAGUUAAGAAAUGAUGAUGUUGGGUUAUUAGGUGAUUCUGAGCUGAGGCACCAGCAGGGUCAAAAUGCCAGUCUUCCGAGGCCAAGGAGAGAAAAGAUAAUUGAAACUCUAAAGAAGCUUAGGGAUUAUCAGAAAAGUAAUCAAGAACAAAAUGCCAGCCCUCUAAAGCAAAGGAGAGGAAAGGUAAUUGAAACUCUAGAGAAACCAAGGGAUGGUCAGAAACGACAAUCAAGCAGAACAGCAAUGCAGGAAGUGACUCCAAGGUCCUCAAAGUGCAAACCUCGUUGUGCCUUAUCUUGGAUGAUUGACAACAAUUUGGUGUCGCUGGGGGAAGAAGUGAGUUAUCGUGGAAGCAAGGGCCCCGGUGAAUUGACAAGAGGGAGGAUAACUCGUGAAGGGAUUGAAUGCAACUGUUGCCAGAAGAUUUUUACUCUCACUGGCUUUGAAUCUCAUGCUGGAAGCACCAAUCACAGACCAGCUGCCAAUAUAAUAUUGGAAGAUGGCAGGAGCUUGUCAGAUUGCCAAAGAAAGAAGAAACCCCGGAUUAAGAUGCAAAGGGUCACGAGAGAGGCUAAGUGGAAAGGGAGACAAAAUCAACAUCAAGGUGAGACUGACUACAUUUGUUCUGUUUGUCACGAUGGAGGCGAUUUAAUUGUAUGCGAUUAUUGCCCAUCUACAUUCCACAAAAAUUGCGUUGGUUUGGAGGAUAUUCCAGAAGGGGAAUGGUUCUGCCCACCUUGCUGUUGUGGUAUCUGUGGUGAAAACAAAUUGAAGUACGAUGUUCAGGAACCUAAAGAUUCUCGUCUUCUCAGUUGCGAUCAAUGUGAGCGUAAAUAUCACAUUGGAUGCUUAAGAAACAAAGGAGUAGUUAAGUUGAAAAGGAAAGAUCCCAAGGAUAGUUGGUUUUGCAGCAACAAGUGUGAAGAUAUAUUUACAGGCCUUCAAACGCUUUUGGGAAAAUCAGUUAUAGUAGGUCCAGAUAAUCUCACUUGGACAUUGUGGAAGUUUAUGGAGUCUGAUAGCUGUGAUGUUGAGGCCCCGACUGGAAAGCACAGCAAACUUGAUCUUGCUGUUGAGGUGAUUCAUGAAUGCUUCGAACCAGCGACUGAAACUUACACAGGAAGAGACAUUGCCGAAGAUGUUAUUUUUAGCAGAGAAUGUAACCUAAAUCGCUUGAACUUUAGGGGAUUCUACACAGUGCUUCUUGAGAGAAACGAUGAGCUAAUAGCUGUGGCUAAUGUGAGGGUUUUCGGAGAUAAGGUGGCAGAGAUUCCUCUUGUUGGUACCAGGUUUCUGUUCCGUAGGCUUGGAAUGUGUAAGAUAUUGAUGGAUGAGCUCGAAAAGCAACUCAUGAAUUUGGGAGUGGAGAGGUUAAGGCUGCCUGCUGUUCCUAGUGUGCUAGACACCUGGAUAAAUGGUUUUGGGUUCUCAAAGCUGACAGAUGCCGAGAAGAUACAAUAUUUAGACCGCACUUUUCUGGAUUUUCCAGGCACUAUCAAGUGCCAGAAAGUGUUAUUGUAGACCCCUUCAGAAAGAAUGAAAGCCUGGUUGAUCUGGUUAUUGUUAACAUAUCUUCAUUUUAUUUUAUUUUAUUUUAUUUUUGGAGUAGAAUGCUCACUCAUUUUUUUUAAAAUACCAGAUAGUUUACAACUUAUGAGAAACCUAGAUGGUAGAUUAUACUUCUAUCUGUAUGUUCUGAUUUCUAUUUGAGUUGGAUGCCCGGAUGC